ACGAACUGAUCUGGUUCCCAACCAUGGCCUCAACACUCAAGCUCAUCUCACUACUAAUUUUAUCAUCCGCCAUAAUUCAAAUGGCAAUGGCUGACCCGGACAUUAUUUCGGAUUUCAUUAAACCUACUCCAAAUGCAACAGUAGAUGCAAACUACUUCACAUUCACUGGCAUGCGUGGUCUUGUAGGAACCACUCCUGCAACUUUCAGUGUAUCGAAGGCAACCUCAGCCGAGUUCCCUGCUAUUUUCGGGCAGAGUGUUUCAUACGCUGUCCUUCGAUUCCCAUCAGGUACAGUUAACCCGCUGCACACUCAUCCUCGUUCUGCUGAGCUCCUCUUUCUUGUCAACGGCACUCUUGAAGUGGGAUUUGUCGACACAAAGAACAAUUUAUUUACACAGACUAUGCAAACCGGUGAUCUGUUUGUGUUUCCCAAGGGACUUGUGCACUACCAGUACAACGCUGAUGCACAAAACCCCGCUCUAGCCAUUUCGGCGUUUGGAAGUGCAAGUGCUGGAACUGUAUCAAUUCCUUCCACAUUGUUCACCACCAAUAUUGAUGAUAAUGUGCUUGCUUUGUCACUGAAGACAGAUGUAGCCACCGUUGAGAAACUCAAGGCCGGACUUACUCAGAAGCCGUGACAUGGAAACUCAAAAUUAAUUGCUCAUUGUUUUGUAACUUUUGUUGCUUUGAAUAAUUAUGCAUUAUAUAUGUAAUUUCAAAUGGUAAGCCACGUACCCACGUACCAGCAAUUCCAUUACUUCAUCAUAUUUCUUUAAAGUUCAGUAAUACAUACAGUUUCAUCUAGUUAGA